AUGUCAACAGGAAAUGAUAGAGGCGGCUUUUUUGGCUUGAUGCAAUAGUCGAACUUUUCAUCAACUAMAAGUCUUUCUUUUACUUCACUUUACAACCCAUUUACCAAGUACUACUUAAAACAGUUAAUACUCUACGGACUGGUUUAAUAUUGAGUCGAAAAGCUGCCUAAAAGUGAUAAAAAGUUUCAUCUUAGUAAACGCUGUUGAGGCUUUAUCGUGAAAAAAGCCAAAUCGUGCCAAGAAUUCAAAGAUUCUUAUUUCAAUAUUCACCUCGUAUUCUGAACACAAGGUUAUAAUUCAUUCAUGGCGGAUUGUAGUGAUUUAGACCGGCAAAUUGAGAAACUUAGACAGUGUGAGCUAAUCACAGAAAAAGAAGUCAAGCAAUUAUGUGCUAAAGCCAGGGAAAUACUAGUAGAGGAGAGUAAUGUACAAAGAGUAGAUUCACCAGUUACUGUAUGUGGUGAUAUACAUGGCCAAUUUUAUGAUCUAAAAGAACUUUUCAAGGUUGGAGGAGAUGUACCAGACACAAAUUAUCUUUUUAUGGGCGACUUCGUAGAUAGAGGAUUUUACAGCGUGGAAACAUUUUUACUCCUAUUAGCACUUAAGGUGCGUUAUCCAGAUAGAAUUACCCUGAUCAGAGGCAAUCAUGAAAGCAGGCAAAUAACACAGGUUUAUGGAUUUUAUGAUGAAUGUCUUAAAAAAUAUGGGUCCAUAACUGUAUGGCGAUACUGCACAGAGAUAUUUGAUUACUUGAGUCUAUCAGCGAUUAUCGAUAACAGGAUAUUCUGUGUUCAUGGUGGACUUUCCCCUUCAAUAAGCACAUUGGAUCAGAUUCGCUCUAUCGACAGAAAGCAAGAAGUUCCYCAUGAUGGUCCAAUGUGUGAUCUCCUUUGGUCAGACCCUGAAGAUAUCCAAGGCUGGGGAGUAAGUCCCAGAGGAGCAGGAUACCUAUUUGGUAGUGACGUAGUAGCUCAAUUUAAUCUAGCCAAUGACAUUGAUCUAAUAUGCCGAGCUCAUCAACUGGUUAUGGAAGGCUACAAGUGGCAUUUUAAUGAGACAGUCCUAACUGUCUGGUCUGCACCAAACUACUGCUACAGAUGUGGAAAUGUUGCAGCCAUYCUGGAGCUUGAUGAGCACUUAAAACGAGAAUUCACAAUAUUCGAAGCAGCUCCCCAAGAUGUGAGAGGAACGCCAACUAUAGCCAAGAAACCUCCAGCAGACUAUUUCCUCUAGAACUGACCUUCCUAUUCAUUCAUUCUUCUAUAUAUUUAUACUCACUAGUGCUCUACUUUGUCGCUCCUAAAAGAUAUUAGAAUACUUCUCUAACUUAUUAGGAAAACUAGCUCGAACAGACUGAUUCAUGUAUUGUUCUAUUAUAAUAUUAUGUUUUAAUUUUCUCAUUAUUUCAGCCAUUUAGUCSCAAGCUACUUUUACUUGUGGGAGGGAGGGGGUGUUAGAAUAGAGGGGGUCUUAUAGUUUUUAAGGGAGGACCUAGUGCAUAAUGGGUUGAAGGCAGCCAUGUCAUGGGGCAAGAACAACGUUUAGUAAUAUUUUUGCAGGAAAAAGAUUUUACUUUUGAAAGUAGAAAAUUAUAUUGUUUAACUCCACAAUAUGGGUGCUGUAAAACCCCGCUAUCAGUGUAGAGUUGCCUGUCGACCCACUUAUUCCAUAAAGUUAGUAACUUAUGCAACAGAACCUCUAUAAAGCAACCAAACUCUAUUUAGGGAGCAUUUUUUUAGAGAGGGGAGGGUUAAGGGGAGGGCCAGUUACACAGCCAAAAAGGGAGGGUCGUCGGUAUGCUUAUUCAAUCCAAAGUUCUAUCACUUAAUACAAGACUGACAAACAAUGGGUAGGGUUUCAAUAUUUUUUCCUUUGAAGAAAGGGAAGGUUGUCAGUUUUUUUCUGAUAGUACACAUAGAUUUCUUCCCUUUUCCAAAAAAAUAUAUUCAUGUGGGCAGUCCAAAAGAGAGUAUUCAGUUUUGUACCUCUAUCUGCCCCUUUACGAUUCCCCAAUUGCCAGAGGGUGGUUGCUUUUAAAAUAGAGGUUCUACUGUAAUCUAACAAACGUUAAGAGAAACUAAUACCAGUACUUCCUUUUGAUAAGAUAGGAACUGUUAUAUUUUAUCYCAAAAUAACUGAAUAAAUCAAAUAGCCCACCCCUGAGAUAUGCUUCGAUUGUCACGCACAAAGGUUUCAGUAUGAGGCUACGUGCUAAAUUAAAUUWAUUCUUACUGUCUGUCACGAAUGACUGAGCAUUUUGCACAUAGCCUCAUACUGAAACCUUUGCGUGUGACAAGCGAAGCAUAUCUCGGAAAUGGGCUAUUGUAGUCGCUUUUCUACUAACUGUGGAACUUUACGAUGUGAUGACAGGUCUACUAAAUUCUAUGGGUUAAAAGUAUCUAAAUUGUAAAUGGCUGACCGAAAUAGAUAAUACUAUCCAAAAUGAGUCCAUUUCUGUAAAUUAUUUUUAAACAUUUCCAAUUUUGCAAGAUUACAAUUUUCCACAUAUCAAGUGAUUAGUGAAUAACUAUUGGAAAUAAUUAUGUUGUCAUUUUUACAUGUGAUGUUUAAUUAUGUURUUGUACAGAAAUUGUUAAUACUGUAAUAAUGUAUUAAAAAUGUGUUGUAUAAAUAAAUUAGUUUGAUGAUCA